UGCACCUGAUUUCGAGUUUAGCCCAUCUCUAAACCAAACUACUAUACACAAAGCAGCGAAAAAAUCAAAUAAACAGAAAAGAACUAAAUUAAAAGUAGAUUACCAAACGGAAACAAUAGGCGAAAUUAUAUUCGCUAAUGGUGAUUGUUAUAAAAAUAUUGGAACGAAUCAACUAAACCCGGGAAAACAUCCCGAAAACGGAAAACAAACAUUCUUCGAGGGGAGGGGGCCAGCAAAACAUUGAAAAAAACACCAAAAGCAUCCCACACAGGGCGAUUUAGAAAAUGGCCACCAGCGAGAUUUCCAGCUCCAACGAGCGCCACUACUACGCCAAGCUGGAAGCCAUCAAAGACAUCAGGGAUAAGACCCUGGCAUUGGAGAAACUUAAAGUGAGGAUCAUUAAGGAGGUGAAGCUGAGCGAUGAUGAGGAAAAGUGCUUGGAGGAGUACCGCAAGGAGAUGGAGCACCUGCUAGAGGAGAAGAUGUCGCACGUGGAGGAGCUGCGCCAGAUCCACGCCGACAUCAACGACAUGGAGAACAUUAUCAAGCAGACGAAGGAGAACCAGACCAGGUCCUUCGACAUGGCCAACCGGGUGUACGAAGAGUAUCUGGCCCUCAAGUACCAGAUCGAUCACAUGCGCCGCGACUACCUGGGCCUGAGUCCGUUGCGCGAUCUGCACGAGGAGGAGGGCAGUCCCAUAUCCAAGGAGCGCUUCCAGACAAACUUCCUCAAGGCGGCAGCAGCAGCAGCGGCCGCAGCAGCCGCCGCCUCGGUGACGCAACCCACAUCGCUGGCUCGUCCCCAUGCCCGGCAUCCGUUGAUGCCAGAAGCCACGGUCACCACACUGCCCAACACAGGCGGUGCUGGUGGGGGUGCAGCUGGGGCCGGUGGCGGCGGAGCUGGAUCUGUGGGCGGCGGUUCAGCAGGAGGUGGAGCCAAUCCUGGUCACGCCUUUAUGCCACCAGCGCCGCCGGGUGCUGGCAGUGCCGCUGCCGCUGCUGCUGCUGCUGCCGCGGCUGCUGUCCGGCUGGGAAAGGGCGACUUCUCGGCUCCGCCGCCGCCUCCACCGCCGAGCAAUCGCCUCCAGCAGUCACCCUCCAUCGGCAUCGGGCACCAUCCGUCGUUUCGCUCCGACUUCAACGUAAAUCUCCGCCAGCAGCCGCCGCCGAUGAAGUCGUGUCUGUCAUGCCACCAGCAGAUCCACCGGAACGCGCCCAUCUGUCCGCUCUGCAAGGCCAAGUCGCGCUCCCGCAACCCCAAGAAGCCCAAGAAGAAGAACAACUAAGAUCGGCAGCUACACUCAUCGUUGGUCCGGAGCGGGUCCCGGUCCUAGUAUCUUAUCUUAGUAUCUAGAGCAGUGGUCGGCAGGGCCCUAUUCCAGGGGCAUA